GACACCCCCUCCCCUUCUUCACCCCCAAACGAGAGUUAUCUAACCGACGAUCGACGACAUCUCCUGCAUUCUUUACCGUUUACGUCUUCUCUCUCCUUUUUUUUUUUCUUUCUCCUUCUUUGUUGUGAUUGCUCUUCUCCUUUUCUCGCGGGUUCGGCCUCUUCUAUCCUUCUUUCUUUUUGUUCCCUCGAUCCUCUGCCUUGCGCACGCGCCACCGCCUCCCUGAUUCUGUGUAACCGUUGCAGCGACACGAAGCCAGACGCAUACUCAAGCCAGGAGAAGCGGAGCACCCGACACAAACCGUCAACGCACAAACAUCCGAAGUGAUAGUUUUCCGACCGUAUCAUCGACAUCGACAUCUCUCUUCAUUCUCUCUUCUUUCUUACAGCAGCCUUUCCCCCCAAGCCCCAUUUAAUCGACCGGCAAGAUGUCGGGGCGAUACGAAAGGGUAAAUGCCCACGAUGAGGAUGACCAUGUCUCCUCGGCCCAACCAACAUCACGAGCGACACACUCGCCGCCACCCUCCUUUCACUCCAGAGCCUCCUCCCCGACCAACAGGAACAGACAGGUCCAGGACCCGACCCUUGCCGACGCAUUCGAUGCCGACGAUUCCGAUUCGGAUGACGAGCCCGAUGAUAGACAACGACUUGUCAGGCAGAAUUCCGAUCCCGUGCAGCUGGCCAGCGGCAGCAUGACCAGAUCGCCACAAACGUCGUCCACUGGUGGUUCUGGAGCGAGCACACCGCCCUCACAGCUCACGGGCUCGACUGCUCAUCCCUCGGCGGCGGCGGCAGCAGCAGCAGCAGCAGCAAAUUCGAAUAGGGUCUUCGGCAGCGGGAUCCAAAGCGAUGGUGUCUUUUCCAAUCUGACCGCUAAACCCGAGAGAGGCAGUAGUGAGAAGGAGGAACAGCCUCCGUCCUACGAACAAGCCGCUGCGGACGCAGCCCCUCCGUAUUGGGAGACCACUAUCCUCGCGCCUGGCCUCGGCGGACCAGACGAUGUUUACAUCGACGGCAUGCCCGUCGGCUCCGUCUUUUCCUUUAUCUGGAACGGCAUGAUUUCCAUGUCCUUCCAGCUAGUCGGCUUCCUGCUCACCUACCUGCUCCACUCCACCCACGCUGCCAAGAACGGAUCCCGUGCCGGUCUUGGAAUCACACUGAUUCAGUAUGGCUUCUACAUGAAGGGUUCAUCCGGCGACAGCGGCGGUAUGGGCGACGGCAUGCCCGGUGGCGAUGGAUACGCAGCGCCUGCAGAUCCAAAUAGCCAUGAUUUCGACCCUGGCUCCGUCCAAGGCGGCAACGGCGGGGACGGAAGUGGUAGUGGCGGCUUGUCAGACGUCGCGAGUUCCGAGUGGGUUGCGUACAUUCUGAUGAUUGUCGGCUGGUUCAUCUUGAUCAGGUCCGUCAGCGAUUAUCUCAAGGCCAGGCGGCACGAGCAGCUUGUGUUGCAAAGCCCGGACCGAGGCUUGGGCAUACCAAUCAUCGCGGAGGGCGAGAACGUCGAGACAGUUGUGUGAGGGAGGAGCGUGUUUGACUAGUUGUUCACUUUCUAUUAUCCUUCUUGGAGCGCACGCGUCCAAAGAAAGCUCAAACACGGGCAACCCUGGUGGUGCAUGAUACCCAGCAUCCCGAGGGGCGACCACAAGGGCACCAACUUAAGCCCUGAGCCGUCCAGAUGGCCAGGAAGUCGACGCUAUGGGAAUUAAUGUUCAGGACUGGUGGGGAGGUUUCGAGAAGAGGCAUGGGGCGACGGAGAUAGAGACGCAUGAGGCAGCAAGCGGGGAGAAGGAAAUGGCAAUGACGCUUAUAUGCGUCCUCCAGCAUGGCACCGGAGCCUUCUUUGCGACUUUCGAUUUCUCCUUGGGUCUGAAUCAUUACGUAUAUCACGAGGGUUAACUUGCAGCCUCGAGCUGGCAUGGCAUGGAUCUAACGCCUCGCACUCGAGCUUGCAGGGAGUCUAUAUUAGCAAUUGAAUCACUAUGUCCGACUCCUCCUC